AUUAAUUUCAAACAUAUUUUUCUUUAAUGCAUUCAAUCGUACAUGCUGUAAUAUAAGAUUUUUGCUUAUGUGUGAAGUAAACAGAACACCGGAAGUUGGCUUGUGACUCAACAUACGGAAGAGAUAAUUUGAUAAACACUACAAAUUUUGUGUUGUGAGUGUACCCAGUCAACAUGGGUUCCUUGAACAUAAAAUGGGACCCAAAGAAUUUGGAAAUUAGGACAAAGUCAGUAGAGAAAACAUUGGAGCCUCUUGUUACACAGGUAACCACUUUAGUCAACCAGAAAGGACCAUCAAACAAGAAAAAAGGAAGAUCAAAGAAGGGUCAUGUUCUUGCUGCAGCUGUACAGAAGGCUACCCUUAACUUUGUAGAAAAAGGAGAGGAGAUUGCGAGAGAAAACCCUGAUGUUAAGGAAGACAUGUUGGCAGCAGUUGAUGAAGUCAGAAAAACAGGAGAAGCCAUGGGGCAAGCAUCAGAAGAGUUUGCAGCAGAUCCAUGUUCAUCUAUGAAGAGAGGGGCAAUGGUGCGUGCAGCACGUGCUCUCUUAUCUGCUGUAACUAGACUGCUUAUCUUAGCUGAUAUGGUAGAUGUCCAUCUACUGCUAAAAUCUCUCCGAGUGGUGGAGAAUGAUUUAGAUCGUAUUCGUAAUGCGUCUAGUCAGCAAGAAUUGAUGGACAGCUUUAAGGAGUUUGGGAAGAGUGUUGUAGAGCUGUCAGAGAGAGCAGCACAGAGACAAGCAGAUCUAAAGGAUCCUAGGAGACGUGAUGACCUUGCAGCGUCCAGGGCAACAUUAAAGAAGAGCAGCAUGAUGUUGUUAACAGCAUCAAAAGCGUAUGUUCGACACCCGGAGCUGGCGGCUGCUAGAGCAAACAGAGACUGGGCUUAUGAGCAGUUGUGUGAUGCUGUCAACACUAUAUCAGGUGUUGCCCAGGCAACCGGGCAGUCAAGUGCUCAUCCAUAUGAAGGUGCUGGAGAACUUGCUGCAGCUCUUGAUGAACUCAUGCAAAAAGUGAUAAUGGAUCCACUAACAUAUAACGAGGUACGUAUGAGGCCGUCCCUCGAGGAGAGAUUAGAGAGUAUUAUCAGUGGUGCCGCAUUAAUGGCAGACUCAGCGUGCACGAGGGAGGAUAGACGGGAGAGGAUCGUACAGGAGUGUAACGCUGUCAGACAAGCACUACAAGAUCUCCUUACAGAAUACAUGAAUAAUUGUCGACCAAAGUUUCCUAUAAGGAAAACUCGAUUUAAGGCUGGUAGAGCAGAACCGAGUGAAGCACUGGACAGGGCUAUAGACAAUAUGCAAAAGAAGACCAAGGAUUUAAGAAGACAGUUACGUAAAGCAGUAGUUGAUCAUGUCUCGGAUUCCUUCCUGGAAACAAAUGUUCCUCUACUUGUACUGAUAGAAGCUGCUAAAGCUGGAGAUGAGAAAGGUGUAGAGGAAUAUGCCCAGGUGUUUGCUGACCAUGCUAAUAAACUUGUAGAGGUAAAUUAUCUCCCCUUAUUAUGUUUUUCUCGCCAGCAAAUAUUUAUUGGUAUAUUAAUUUUAUAUAUUUUAGAGAGUCAUAUAUUGGAGGAUGUGAAUCGCUGCGUGUUUGCUCUACAAGAGGGUGAUGCUGACACGUUAGAUCGUACAGCAGGAGCUAUACGAGGUCGUUCAGCACGUGUUUGUAAUGUUGUAUCAGCUGAGAUGGACAAUUAUGAACCAGGACCAUACACUGAUAGAGUCAUGGAAGCUGUUAUAUUACUGAGGGACCAAGUGAUGCCGAACUUUGCGGAGAAGGUAGAGAUUGCUGUAGACUGUCUCUCACAGAAUAUGCCAGAUAGAAUAGAUGAGAAUGAAUUUAUAGAUGCCAGUAGACUGGUAUAUGAUGGUGUUAGAGAUAUCAGACAGGCUGUGCUCAUGAACAGGACACCAGAAGAAUUAGAUACAGACACUGAUCUAGAAGAUGAAGCUGACCAUUAUGAUACCAGAAGUAGAUCAAGUUAUCAGACAGAUGUAGAUGAUCUACAAGGCAAAUCUGACAGAGCUUUGAUGAGAGAAUUACCACAAGAAGAGAGAGAACAAAUUCAGGCACAAUUUGAGAUGUUCAGAAUGGAGAAAGCCAAGUUAGAUAUGGAGGUAGCUAAGUGGGAUGAUAGUGGUAAUGAUAUUAUUGUCAUGGCUAAACAGAUGUGUAUGAUUAUGAUGGAGAUGACAGAUUUUACCAGAGGAAGAGGUCCAUUGAAAAGCACAAUGGAUGUAAUUAAUGCAGCAAAGAAAAUUUCUGAAGCUGGAACCAAAUUAGAUAAUCUUGCCACGAAAAUUGCUGAUCAGUGCCCAGAUUCAGCAUCAAAGAAAGAUUUAAUGGCUUAUCUACAGAGAAUAGCUUUAUAUUGUCACCAGUUAAAUAUCACCAGUAAAGUAAAGGCUGAUGUACAGAGUGUAGGAGGUGAACUUAUUGUAUCUGGGUUGGACAGUGCUACAUCAUUGAUACAGGCAGCUAAGAAUUUAAUGAAUGCUGUUGUUCUUACAGUCAAGGCUUGCUAUGUCGCAUCUACAAAGUAUAAACAAGCUGGAAAAACAAAUAUAGUAGCUUGGAAGAUGAAGCCCCCGGAGAAGAAACCAUUGGUGAGGAGAGAGGAUCCGAUAGAGUUCCGUGGCCGAAUCAGCAAGAGCGCUGGCAAGAAGAGAAUUGAACCAAUCAAAGCAUUGAAUGAAUUCCAGGAAGUAGACAUGGAUAGCUUUUGCUGAUUUAUAGUGCUCUGAUAGUAGUGAAUAGUUCUUUUGUUUAAAAUGCAAGUAUUUGUAUUGAAAGAUGGUUGCUUAGCAACAUAAUUGUCAUGUGUUGAAGAAAAGUACACAAUAACUUAUACUUACUAUAGACCAGACAUUGUCUACUCAAGAGAAAGGAAAGAUAAUAUUUCUGACUUUCUCUAUAAAAUUUAAAUAAACAGUUAAAGUUUGUUACCAUGGAAAUGUAUUGGACAUUCUAGCCAGGUAGCAUUUUUUUAGCGGACAUGAAAGAAAAAAAACUGAAACAAAUUUAAAGAGAUCUGAUAUUGGUUUAGGGUGUUUGUAAGAUAAAUCAUUUUAGCAUAUCAUAUUUAUUGAAAGCAUGACUUCAUUCUAUAUAUUUCUUUAAUCAUUUCUUAAAGUAUGUAAAUAAUUUCAUAUAUUUUUGUGCAAGCAUUUAUCAUAUGGUGAUAAUAGUAUCUGUUAGAACACACAAAUGUACAUACAAAUGCAAUAACUUUUUUUAUGUAUUUUUACUAACAGAAUUUUUUUACAUUUGAAAACACCACCAAAAAAAUUUUGUGAUUGAAUCAAAAUGAUUUCAGUAGUUAAAUUAAUAUUUCUAAUAUAGUUUUUGUAUCACAUGACAUCACUUGGUUUCUUUGAAAUAAAAUCAAAUCAUCAUGCAUUCUUUACGUAAUUAUUAAAUUUAAAUUAUACAACAAUUAUGUUACAUCAGCAUCAUUUGUUUUGAUGGUUUGCACCUGAAUCUGAAUUUACAGGAAAAAUGUAAUAAUAUAAUAUUGACAAUUGGUCAAGUAAAGAUAUAAAAUGUUGACAGAUUAAAAAGAAUGCUGGUACUAAAAUCUCUGACAUAUCACAACACUAUAUUUUGUCUAACACAGAUCUUGUUUGAAUAAUUGGUGAUUAAAAAAGAAUCUUGACAUUGGAUUUUAUUUUAUAUACAAAUGUAUGAAAUUUGCUCUGAAAAUGUUACUAAGCGUGUUAAAUUGAUUUGUAAAUGUUCAAUUUGAAAUAAUAAUUUGCCGGAUCAAAAACAUUUUAUAACAUAAUAUAAUUUCUUUUUUAUUGAACUUAACAAAUGUGUAUGUGAUGUGAUAAAUACACAACUUAUAUUGAAAACAAUAUUACAAUAUUAAUUGUAAGUUCUUCUAAUAGUGUGAGAAUACACAGAUACUUGUGUAACAUAUGAUUUUAUCAUAUUUUUUCUUCUAUUAACAUGUGUAACAUAUGAUUUUAUCAUAUAUUUUUUCUUCUAUUAACAUAGACAUUUAAGAAUUUACAACAAUAUCAUUCCACACUGGGUUGUCUAAAGGCUUAAGAAAGGAAGCCCAACUUCUUUAUCGUAACUGAUACAGUUUGUGUACAUCUAUAGUUGCUUUUGUGCCACUAAACAAUUACAGUUUCUAUAUUUUCUGUUAAUAAAUGUUGAUCUAAGACAUAUUUAUAUGUUUUAUGAAAUAGAACACCUGUCAUGUCAGUCUGUUUCUAUAUUGUGUGUAUUUUGGGGUUGUAAUUAUUGUGUCGAUUUUUUUUUACAUAAACAAUUAUUUUUACCAUGUUUAUAUUAUAUAUAGUAUACAAGUUUAUGCUUCCAAGUUGUGACACAUUUGUUUUAUACACAUUUGUUUUGUUAUGUAAAUGUUU